AUGUACUCGUUUGAAAUGUCGAUACCCGUAACGGAAGAAAUUUCUUAUGAAAAUGACCGAGAACUAGAUCCUAAUAAGAGGGCGGUGCCAAUUACCAGCAAAAGUGCCAACUGCCUCGGCCUAUACCAUGGUCGUCAUCCCCGCGGCAAGCUCAUAUCGCGGACCGACAAGGAAUCCAUCGCGCGCAAAGAGGCCUACGCGCUAUAUAACCAGGAAAUUGACGAGGUUUACUAA